AUGUCACGUCGACCACAUUUCAAACUUUCACGGCCAAAAGAAAAGCAUUCAUCGAUGAGAUCAAACCCCACACAAUUGAUAAGCACAUCUGAAGAAAAUCUUACUAGACUACAAAUAUCACCUUUCUCAUCCACACAAGUAAAUUAUUCUACUGCGUCGACAUUGUCUUUAUCAUCAGUUAUUAGCAAUCAAGCACCAUCAACAACUAUACCUAGAAUGUUUGCACCACUUCGAACUCGUUUUCUUCCUCGACGAUCACAAUUUCCGUUUAUUGAACCACAAGAAGCCAAUUUUCGUUCGAAUAAAUUCACACAAAAUAAAGCUCCACCUCCAACAAGGUCAAUACAGCCAAGACAAUUUCACAAUAUGCAAUCGAAAAAUAAAAGAAAUCUUGAAAAUUUUGUUCUUAUUUGGCUUGAUUCAAAUAUGAUAAAACAUAAAAAUAAUAGUGAACAACAACUACGUUCACUUAUUAAUUAUUCAAAAUUCUUUGAUAAACUUGAUGAUUGCAUCAACUACAUGAGUAACAUCGAUAAUGAAAAAAUAUAUUUAAUUGUUUCAAGAGUUUUAAGUGAACGUAUUAUUUCUCGUUUACAUUCAUUUCCACAGCUUGAAUCUAUUUAUAUUCUUUGUUCAAAUCAAAUCAAACAUUAUCAAAUGCUAUGGACUAAACAAUACAAUAAAAUACGUGGAACUUAUACACAAAUUCAACAAAUAUAUGAACAAUUAAAACAAGAUUUAUCACAUUCAUUCCAUGAUCUAAUAUCACUCACAACAGUUUCAUCAACAUUUGACAAUUGGAUAAAUAAUAAAAAUAAAGAUAAACAAGAGAUAUCAUUUAUCUAUUCACAAAUAUUAAAAGAAAUAUUUAUUAAUUGUGAAUACAAUGUUAAUGUUAAACAAGAUUUUAUUGAAUUUUGUCGUAUAUACUAUUGUGGUAAUCAAUCUGAAUUAAAUAAUAUAGAUGAAUUUGACCGUAAUUAUAGUUCGAAAAAUGUCAUUUGGUGGUAUUCACGUGAAUGUUUUCUAUAUCAUAUACUUAACAAAGCAUUGAGAACACAAGAUAUUCCAAUAUUGUAUAAAAUGAGAUUUAUUUUAAAAGAUCUUCAUCAAGAAAUUCAAACAUUACAUUCAUCUACUCUUGAUAAUAAUAAUGAUCAUGUUAUAACAUUAUAUAGAGAAUCUAUUGAUCAAUCAAAUACGAGAAUAUGGAAUGUUAAAUUAACAUUACCAAGUACUGAAGAUGAGCAAUUAAAAAAAUUAACUGAUCAUAUUAAAAAAAAAAUCAAUAGUAAAUUUUGUUUAGCGAGUUUAGGUGAAUUGCCAUGGCAAAUGGGUGAUUACACUAAAGCUGAAGAAUAUUAUUGUCUUUUGCUGAAUGAUAGUCGAUUUGAAGAGUCAAUAGAACGUGAUACUCUUUGUUCACAUGUGUAUAAUGGUCUGGGAAAAAUUUCUGAGUGUCGAAUGGAAUAUGAAAAAGCUUUAGAAUAUUUUAAACAAUCAAUCGAAGCAUUGGAAAGUCACGUAUCAGUGAAUGAUCCUUUAAUUACAAGUUCAUUAAAUAAUAUUGGUGCUAUCUAUUUACGCCAACAUAAAUAUAAACAAGCAUUGACAAAUUUUGAAAAAAGUCUUGAAAUUGAAUUGAAUAUGUCGCCGUGUAAUUUGGAAGCAUUAGCUACAGGCUAUAACAAUAUUGGUGAAAUCUAUAGAGAAACAAAACAGUAUGUAGUUGCAUUCGAUUAUUAUAAAACCGCAUUAGAAAAAAUACAAUUACUACCAUUUACACAUCCGGUUUUAGGCAAAAUUUAUAAUAAUAUGGCUUUAUUGCAUGAACAACAGGGUAAAUAUGAAAAAGCAACAAUUUAUUAUGAAAAUGUACUUGAAAUUUAUCGCACGACACUUAACGAUGAUCAUCCAGAUUUGGCUGUUAUUUAUAAAAAUUAUGCAGUUAAUCAAUUACAACAGGGUAAGCCCGAUGGUUUUUUGGUUUAUAUGCCCAAAGCAAUCGAACUUUUUUCAAAAACAUUGGAAAGUAAUGAUUCCGAACUAAUAUCGUUACAAGCCUCCAAUGAUCGUGGACAUCGAACUGUGACAAAUACAACAUUUUCAGUGAAUACUAAACAUCCAGGUAAGUUGGCAAGCUUCGGCAAUGAUAACAACGGUCAUGUUCCACUACCGGCUUAUGUGCAGCAGGAUCCUGAUGGUUGUCAAAGUGGAAAUGCUUUACAUGAGAAUAAUAUACCUUCAGUUGCAGUGGAAAAUAUUGAAAUGGAAGAGAUAACUAAUGUCUAUGAUCUUUCAGAUACUGGCAAUGAAACGGACGAAAUUUUUGAGAGUAAUUCGCAUGGUUCAAAACACAGUCGAAAUAGUCUUCACGGUACUAAACAUUCAACACUAAGUAAACAGCAGCAGGACGUGCAAGAACAUAGUACGACUAUGUCAUAUCAUCAACACGAAUACGGUAAUUUUAAGCGUGGCCUAGUUGAAUCGAAUUUGGUCACGUGA